CGUUUAACAUCUCCUUACUCUUCACUGUGUCCUCCAAUAUUAGGCUGUUCACAUUGCAUAGGUCAGAAACUACGUCGAAACAAGAACUAAGUCGUGAUGAAGUUCACGAAGCCUGCCUGGGUUGCCCACAAAGACCCUUCAAGCAAGAGCGAUUCCGCGCCGAAACGUCUAUCUAUAUUCUCCGUACACGUUCACCCCGAUGGCUCACGCAUCGCUACUGGCGGUCUUGACGCGAAGGUGCGCAUAUGGAGCACCAAGCCGAUUCUCAACGCCACUUCGGAGGCUUCCAAUCGACCUGCGAAAUCUCUCUGCACUCUCACAAUGCACACAGGCCCUGUUCUGUGCGUUCGAUGGGCAAACUCGGGGCGGUGGAUUGCGAGCGGGAGCGACGACACCAUCGUCAUGAUUUGGGACUUAGACCCGACCGCGAAGGGUAAAGUGUGGGGAACGGAUGAAGUCAACGUCGAGGGAUGGAAACCGUUGAAGAGAUUACCUGGACAUGAGAGUGAUGUAACGGACAUCGCGUGGUCACCAGCCGACCGAUUCCUGGCUUCGGUAGGACUCGACUCUCAGGUUAUGAUAUGGUGUGGUUACACUUUAGAGCGUCUACGCAAAAUCGACCAGCACAGAGGAUUCGUCAAAGGCGUUUGCUGGGAUCCAGUCGGCGAAUUCCUCGCCACUCAAUCCGACGAUCGCAGCGUGAAGAUUUGGCGAACUACUGACUGGGAAUUAGAGGCAGAAGUUGUAAAACCUUUUGAAGACUCUCCAGGGAGCACGUUCUUCAGGCGUCUGAGUUGGUCACCCGACGGUGCACACAUAACUGCGUCGAAUGCAACAAAUAACAUGGGAUUUGUGUUCAUUGCAGCCGUGAUUGCGCGGAAUAGUUGGACUUCAGAGAUCAGUCUUGUUGGACAUGAGAACACAGUCGAAGUAGCAGCAUACAACCCACACAUCUUCCUGCGUAAUCCAUCAGCACCAGUUGCAACGUCUAAUAUCUGCUCUGUGGUGGCGCUAGGUGCAGAUGACCGUUCUGUGUCUGUAUGGCAGACCAAAUCAGCGAGGCCACUCAUCGUGGCAAAGGAGGUUUUCGAGAGACAAAUAAUGGACCUGAGCUGGUCGUGGGAUGGCCUCACAUUGUACGCUGUCUCGUCUGAUGGAACACUUGCAGCUUUCAGCUUCGAUCCAGAAGAACUUGAAGGCAUUGCCCCGCACAGCGCUCAGCAACAAUAUCUCCAGAAGUUUGGGUUUGUCCUACCUCCUGUCCCUGAAGGCUAUUCCCACACUGGGCGGUCAGACCAGAGAAUGACCCCACCCCCUUCGCCGACACCUGGCUCUGGAAAUGCGAGUGCGUUUGGUGGGAGCAAUGACGGAAAUGGAGAGCGCAUCAAUAAGCUGGUAGCAAAAAGAAAGACAACGAAGAGGGUUCAGCCAUCGUUUUUGGGAGGUUCCUCGAGCUCCGCUACCGUCCCGUCAGCUGCUAUCCCACCGGUCUCAUCUACAUCCUUCUCCGAUACUUCCGCUAAACCAGCUCCUUCACAUAUCCAAUCGCAUUUGGCUUCGCCACUCAUUGGGCCUGGUGUGGCUGCGUCUGUGCCGGAGCUGUCGCCGUUCUCGCCGCCCAUCGUUUCCCGGCAAGUCGACUCCGAUGGGAGUAUGCACUUAGAUGUGCCCAUUGACUCGAUUGAUUCUGCGAGUUCAGACGCGAGCGGGAGAGGGAAACGCAAGAGCUCGACCCUAGAUUUCCUGGACGAGAGACCGACUAAGGCCAGGACACUUGGAGGAGACAGAGUGCGUGAGGGCAGGCCUGUAAUUGAAGAAAUCAGCGUACAUUCAAUCGGGCGCGCGGGGAGCUCCGUUGCAGCAACGAUUGCUCAGAACGUGUUCGAAGUACCCCGCGUGUUGACGUAUCUGGAAAUCAAAGUGGUCGAUGUAGGUGAUGAUGUAUUUGAGGGAAAGAAUGCAGCGGAUGGAGGCUUGACUGAAGUGGCCUAUGUUAGCGGGAAGCAAACGCAAUGGUUGGAUUACUUACCAUCCCCCAUCAUCACUCUGGCUGCCACAAGCUCCUUCUGUGCAGUUGGUAUGAUAGAUAGCUGCUUGAACAUCUAUUCUCCGACAGGCAGGAGAUUGAUGCCAACUCUUACGUUGGAUUCACCAACAAGCUUCUUAUGUGGCAGUAAAUCGUCAUUGAUCGCACUUACAUCUACAGGGACGCUGUAUUCUUGGAACGUGAAGAAAAUGUCGGCUAACUUUCCUCCGGCAUCAAUUUUGCCACUCCUCUCUAUCUCCCCAAAUUCCGUGUCCGAUGGGGUUCCCAUCACUAUCACAUCUCUCUCCGCUCGGCCUAAUGGCAGUCCCGUGCUUCAUACCACAUCGGGUGUCGCAUUUUCUUACGAUUCUUCUCUGCUUUCCUUUGUCAAACUGACGGAGUCAUGGUGGGCCUCGGGUUCAGAUGCAUGGUCGGGUCGGCAGCGUACGGCCAAUGCCUCGUCUUCCCGCCUGCUCGUCACGAGCCUUGAGAGUGUGAUAUCGGAGCAGAUGCCGCCACCAUCUCACUCUGCGACCCGUCCAACGUGGUGGACAACUGCUUUGACGCUAGGUCACCUCGAGUCAAAACUUCAUGCUGCGCGAGUGUUAGAUAGUGAGUAUGAGUACAAGCAGGUACUAUUGGUAUACGCCAAGAAGAUCGCAGACGAGGGGUUCAGGGCGAAGGCUGAGGAAUUGGUGAAGGAACUCUUUGGACCGAUCUACUGGCGGCCUGGAAUGGCCAAGGAAGACAAUUGGUGUCCGACGCUUCUUGGAUAUUCCAAACGCGAGCUGCUGAAGGACGUGUUGUCGAUUUUUGCUCGCAGCAAGACACUGACGAAAUUAGCCAUGGACUAUCAAGACUUGUUGAAAAAAGCAUCAGCUCCGAAUGAGGAUUAGAUGGCAGAUGUCUCCCUUUAUAUUGGAUCUCCUACGAUUUUUGUUCUAAGUUAUGGCCUUGUUCGCCUAUGUGUAUUCUGUGCUUUACGCUUCGGGUGACCAUGCUGGCAUGGACGGCACACGACGGCAACGGCAAAGUCAAUGCCUACAUUGUAAUGGUUUCGGGCGGGUGCUUUAGCACCUGAGUCCCACCACACGUAUUUAGGUCUAUUUUUGUUCCCUCCGUGGCGUUAUCAAGCGCCCGAUGGUUAGAGAACUCGAUCCUCUUUCGUUUGUGCCGUCGCUGCUCAUUUUAUAUGUAAUCAUUUGUCCAUUCCUUAUUAUGAGGAAUAUCGCUGUAGUACAUACCGCUAUAGUCUAUCUUUCCUUUUUUUCCGUUCC